UGUCUUUUUCAGCACUAGUGGCGCGUAACGGAGGUGAAAUUCAAGAGGCAUGCUUCGUCGGGAGCGAUCGCGUUUUGAUCUCGGUCUUGUGUAUAGCGUACGUCUUUAUGUAUUACGUCUUGGUAAUGAAUAUUCGUGACACUGAUCUUUGUCUACGGGUUCGACUCAUUGUUUCUUGUGGCCGUGUCCGAUACGCAUCACGCAUCUCUCCUCCAUCAGGAUCCUGGAAUGACCAACCGCAAAUAAAGGGGCUCACGCCCUCUUGCACGGAUCAUGGCAUGCGCCUCAUCAUGCACUUGCACACGCUCGCCGCCGACGCUCUACAGCAGUGAACAUGGGGCUCAGGUCGAGAAAUGGCGCUAACGGCGCCCAGGACUCACGCGAGCGGCGGAAAGACGCCGUGGCCGGGGAGCUCGAGACAUGCACAAGCCACGAGCGGGACGGCGCGCUACUGCUCGCCAGCUCGCCCAGGCAAGCGGAAUUUAAACGAGGUUCGCAGAACUUUGGCCUUUUGGCCAAGACGCCUAUCGGCUACACGCGGCCCGUGAAGAGGAACAACAUCCGGAAGCGCCGCAUCCAGAAUCUCAUCUACGAUGCCCUAGAGAGACCGCGGGGAUGGGCUCUUCUUUACCACGCAUUUGUGUUUUUGAUAGUUCUGGCAUGUCUCAUUUUGGCGAUUCUGACAACAUUUAAAGAGUAUGAAGAUGACUCAGGUCACUGGCUGGUGGUUCUGGAGACAUUCACUAUUUUUAUUUUUGGGAGUGAGUUUGUGCUCAGGAUCUGGGCAGCAGGAUGCCGUUGUAGAUAUAAGGGUUGGAGAGGACGCCUCAAAUUCGCUCGCAAACCACUGUGUAUAUUGGAUAUCUUUGUGCUGCUAGCAUCAGUACCUGUAGUUGCUUUAGGAAACCAGGGAAAUGUUUUGGCUACAUCUCUACGGAGCCUGCGCUUUCUGCAGAUUCUGCGUAUGCUGCGCAUGGACAGGCGAGGUGGCACCUGGAAACUGUUGGGGUCUGCAAUAUAUGCUCACAGCAAGGAACUGAUCACUGCAUGGUACAUUGGCUUCCUGUCUCUUAUCCUGUCCUCCUUCCUGGUCUAUCUUGUGGAGAAGGAUGUUGUCUUGAUGACGCUACCCAAUGAUGAAGAUGGCACCCCAACACCUGCCCAGGAUUUUGAUACCUAUGCUGAUGCACUCUGGUGGGGACUGAUAACCUUGACAACCAUUGGGUAUGGUGACAAGACACCAAAGACGUGGCCAGGUCGUCUUCUUGCCGGAGCCUUCACUUUGAUUGGUGUUUCGUUUUUUGCGUUGCCAGCGGGUAUUUUGGGUUCUGGUUUGGCCCUUAAAGUUCAAGAGCAGCAUAGGCAGAAACAUUUUGAGAAACGUAGACACCCUGCAGCUGGACUCAUACAAUCGGCCUGGAGAUACUAUGCUACUAAUCCUGUCAGAGAAGACCUUACAGCAACAUGGAGAUUCUACGAAACAGUGAUCUCUUUGCCAUGCUUCAGGAAAGAAAAUUUAGAAGCGAUUGCAAGUCAGAAGCUGACUCUGCUGGAUCGUGUACGGUUGCCUACACCACGGCCAUCUUCAGUGAGAGGCUGGCUUAUGAUGCCUGCUGGGAAUCCUGGGAGCGGAGCAGGGAAUGGUGGACCAGCAGAGGUGGCUGAAGAGAGUCCAUCUAAGGAGGCAAAACCUGCAGGCUUCAGCAACAGAGAGAGAUUCAGGACUGCAUUCAGAAUGAAAGCCUACUCUCUGAGACAGAGUUCAGAGGAUACAGCUGGUCUGUCAGACCCCACUCCUGAGGAGAAGGGCUUCCCCCCUGACAUCCUGAUGGAAGAGAUGAUUCCUGCUCUUAAACUAGUCAUCAGAGCCAUGCGGAUUCUGAUUUUCCUGUUGAAUAAAAAGCAUUUCAAGGAGACCCUGAGACCAUAUGAUGUGAAGGAUGUGAUAGAGCAGUACUCUGCAGGACACCUGGACAUGCUUUGUAGGAUCAAAUACCUCCAGUCACGAAUAGAUUUGAUUUUUUCUCCUGGUCCACCACUCACUCCAAAACAUAAAAAGACAACCAAAACACCUUUUCCCUAUCCAUCGCAACAGUCUCCCAGGCAUGAGACUUAUCUGGCUAAAGCAGGCCUGCCAGAUACUGAGGACCAAAGCCUGAUGGGCAGAUUUGUGCGGGUAGAGAGACAGGUCACAGACAUGGAGAAGAAACUUGACUUCCUGGUGGAUAUGCACAUGCAGUAUGACCUAACUGCCCCUGCCCCCAUUACCAUGGAGCGCAGUGAUGUCACAGUCAGUAUCAGCGGAGACCGAGUGUACUGCACCUAUGCCCCACCUGUUCCGUACAGCCAAUACUACAUACAUUCAAACACACUCUCACACACAAACCCUCCCCGCCCUACUGUCCUACCCAUCAGCCCACUGCCAAGCCACUCCCCAAACUCCCACUUUGAACUAUCUGAACAGCUGUAUUUGGACCAGAGGGCAGGCACACCACUGUCAUUGCUGUCUGUCACACAUGAGGAGCUAGAGCGAUCACCCAGUGGCUUCAGCAUCUCUGCCGAGAGAGAGGAGAUCACAGGCGAUGGGUCAGGAGUCAUGGCAAGGUUGAACUGGGAUCAUGAGUGCCAAUAUUUAGCAGAAGGUGAGACAGAUACAGACACUGAACCUUUCACCCCAAGUGGACAGGCUCCACUGUCCUCUACUGGAGAUGUGUUCCCUACAGAGGAAGUUUGGAUCACUCCACCUUGAUCUCUCUUACCCCCCCCUUCGCCCCACAUACGGACACACACACACACACACACGGACACACAGAGACACACACCACAAUUACACAAGUGCACACACAAAGACAAUAUUGUUACUAUUGGAAUAUAUAAAUGUAUAUCAAAAUGCUUUACCGCUGCAAAGCUAGGAGCACUGCAUGGAAUGCAUGCGAUUUAUCUUGUUGUCUUUAGUGGUAGACAUUGCACAUGUGCAGACCAAGAAGGGAUUACAUUAAAUUGAAACUUAUGUUUAAAAAAAA